CGAAAGGCUUGUUUUACUUGUGAAAGAAAAUCCCAAUACUCAGUUGGCACGAUCUCUGAGAAAAAAAGCGUAAGCUGCUUUAAGCUUUGUAAAUCCCGUCGUAGUUACUACAAAAAUUUUAUUGCAAGAGAUUUGGAAAUCAAAAACAGAUUGGGAUGAAAAGCCGUCACAGGAAAUAAUGAACACUUGGGUGAAAAUAAAAGGCAAGCUUCCAUUGUUAAAUAAAAUAAGAACACCCAGGCGAAUUCUGUGUAAUGAACCGGCAAAUAUUGAGCUACACGGAUUUUGCGACGUUUCAAUGAAAGCAUAUGGAGCAGUAGUUUAUGCAAGAUCCGAAAAUAAAACAGAUUCCACAAUACUAUUUAAUUGGUUAGAGCUUGAUAAUGGACGGCAUUUGAGGCAUAUCUGUUCAAAGGACAAUCCGGCCGACAUAAUUUCUAGGGGAGUAUCACCUAGUGAGCUCAUCAACAACAACUUGUAGCUUAGACAACCGGCAAUGCCGAAUACAUCUAUCUAUAAAAUGCAACAAAAGGUAAACUUUGAUGAUUCAAAUAUUCCAGAGAUAAAAAAAUCUAAGAUAGUUAUGGUUUUAGCUGAAGAACACACAAUUUUGAUGAAGAUAAACCAUAAAAAUAGUUUUGAAUUUCUUCAUAUUCAAACUCAUAAAUAUCAUCAGAAAAAGGCCAUUAAUGAACACAAUUUUCUAUAAACAACAAGCAUUAAAUUAUAUAGUAGUUGAAAUACAAAAAAAAUUAAAACGAAUUCUCACUAAUAGACAGCUUCCAAAAAGUUCCAAACUAGUCACCUUAGCUCCAAUUGUGAAUAACAAUAACAUUAUAAGAGUAGGAGGUAGGAUUCGAAGUAGUAAACUUUCAGAGGAUGCAAAACAUCCUAUACUUCUUCCUUAUGAAGAUGAAAUUGUUCGAUUACUAAUGAAACAUAUACACCUUAAGCAUCUACACAUUGGACCACAGGGGUUACUGGCAAUAACUAGGCAAAAGUUUUGGAUUUUAAGAGGUAGACAACUAGCAAGCAAAAUUGUAAAUAAAUGUUCAAGGCCAGCCCUCGGCCCCUACACCAGUUAAUGGGAAAUUUACCACAAGACAGACUAACGAGAACUCGCCUAUUUUAUAAUGUAGGAUUGGACUUUCUAGGUCCAAUAUGGAUACAUCACAAAAUACGCGGAAAAAAAGGCCGAUAAAGCCUAUGUUUGUGUAUUCCUAUGUUUUUCUACGAAGGGAAUACACUUCAAAGUCGUAUCAGAUCUAACUUCAGCGGCAUUUAUAGGUGUGUUCAAAAUAUUUAUUUCUUUACGAAGUUGUCCAAACAAAAUAUACUUAGAUAAUGAGACCAAUAGCGUUCGUGAAGUUUACAAAUUAUUUCAAAAAGAUACUAGCAGAAUUAUCCAAAUUUUGCAAUCAAAGAGAAAUAACCUGGAUAAAUAUACCAGCAAGAUCCCCACAUGUGGGAGGGCUAUGGGAAGCGCCUGUCAAAUCAGUCAAAAAGUAUUUUAUCCAUGUAGUUGAAGGAGUAAUGACUUUUGAAGAAAUGUCCACACUCAUGUCACAAAUUGAAGCUGUCCUAAAUUCGAUACCAAUUAUUCCAUUAAAAACAAAAACUUUGUACUUACAUUAUUAAGCUUACUU